AUGGACUGCCCCAUACUUCAGGAUAUUAAGGAUCAAUUGCAGAAUCUCCUUAAUGAAACUCUUGACCAGGAGGAGUUGAUGUGGUUUCAGAAGUCAAGACACAAUUGGAUAGUUGAUGGGGAUAAAAACAUAAGGUUUUACCAUCUGAAGACCGUUAUUCGAAUAUCUCAAAACAGGAUCACUAGACUUCGUGGUAGUAUGAACAUGUGGAUCGAAGAUCCUAUUGAAAAAGAUCAUUUGCUGGUUGUCCCUCCCAGUGACCUUGAAAUCAGACAGAAUCUUUUAUCUAUGGGUGCCUAUAAAUUCCCUAGGUUUGAUGGCUAUCCAACCAUUUUCUUUCAGAGACACUGGAAUAGAUGGAAGAUUCAAGUUUACAGUGCAAUUAAAACUACAUGGGUAAAUCUGGACUCGAUCAAGGAAGUGAAGGCAACAUUGUUGGUGAGUUUUAUUUUGGAUAGACAAAUUCAGGACAAUAUCACAAUUGUCCAGGAGCUGAUUCACUCCACGAGUAAGAUGAGAGGAAAGAAGGCUUUUAUGACAAUUAAAAUUGAUCUAGUCAUGGCAUAUGAUAGAUGCAUCUUUUCUACUAGAACAAAUGUGUUGUGGAAUGGGGGGAAAACUAAGGACUUUAGUCCUUCAAGGGGUCUUCGUCAGGGGGAUCCUCUACUCCGUUAUCAUCUCGUUCUGGCCAUUGAAAAGCUCACCCAUAUUAUCACCACUGCCAUUAAUGGUGGAUUAUGGAAACCAAUGUAUGCAGGUAAGGGUGGUCCGAGGAUUUCUCACUUGGCUUUCGCAGAUGAUUUAAUGAUGUUCAUGGAAGCAACUGAAGACCAUAUUCACAUGCUUCUAAAAUGCUUGAAAUUUUCUGAAGAGACAUACGGCCAAAAACUUAGCGUGGAAAAAACAUUUGUGUUUUUCUCAAAGAAUACCUCAAGGGAAGUCAUGGAUAAAGUUGUACAAAUUAGUGGUUUUAAACGUAUGAAUAAAAUGGGCAGAUAUCUUAGGGCUAUGACGCAGCAAGGCAGAUUCUCUAAAUCUUUAUAUGAAGGGUUAGUGGGAAAAAUUAAAGAUAAGUUGAGUAGUUGGCAACAACAGUGUCUCUCCCAAGCAAGCCAUAUUACACUCUCUCAAUUGGUUUUGGCUGCAAUUCCUUCCUUCCAAAUGCGAAGUUGUAAACUGCCUUUAGGGCUAUCAAGUGGUCUAGGAUUAAGACGUUUGGAUCUUAUGAAUGAUGCUUACUUGGCCAAAAAGGCAUGGAGAAUUCAUACAAAUCUGGAUCAGCUUUGGGUUCAAGUUACUCAUGCUAAAUACAGGGUUCACGGUAUAAGAGACUCUUCGUUUGAGGCUAGAAAAGGUUAUUCAAAUCUCUGGAGGAACGUUUGCAGAAUCUGGCAUGCUCUGGAGGAUAUUUUGGUGUGCGUGCUUAGCAAUGAUGUGGUUACUGCAGUAGGGGAGUGGGAUUUUGAUCAGAUAAGGAGGUGGCUACCAAUUAAUGUUAUUGAUAUUAUCCGCAGCAUUCUCCCUCCUAAGCUUGAGGAUGGGCCUGAUAAAAAGAGUGUGAGUAGAAUAAUCGAGUUGAGUGAUGGGGAGAACAAUUGCCCUUGCUAUAAUGGUAUGCCAGAGACUAUAAUCCAUGUGCUAAGGGGUUGUUCUAGUGCAAGACUGUUGUGGGAUAAACUUAGGCCUCUUCAACAAGGUAAUGAAUUUUAUAAUUCAGAUAUAGGGCUUGCAUCUAAUUUUUCUAGUUUUUUUGUUGAAUAUGCAUCUGUCAAUUGGCUGUCUACUUUCUUGGUUACGUACUGGAAGAUUUGGUGUCGGAGGAAAAAGGUUAAAAAUGGGGAAGAGGUCCCUCCUCUCGGUUUAAAAGUUGAUCUUAUUAGGAGGCUAGUUCUGGAUGCGGAUUCUGCUGCUGGUAAUCUUGGUCGUUUGCAUAUCAAUACGGGUUUAUGUUACGUGAAUGUUUCUUGGAAUUUUUUGAAAGUUGGCUUUGUCAAGGUGAAUACUGAUGGGGCUGCUCGGAGUAAUCUUGGUCGGGUAGCAUGUGGAGGUGUUAUCCGAGAUUCUUAA